AUCCCAAAGCUGUCUUAUAUCACUUGGACGCGAAGUGCAGCGGUGCCUCUGAUUUAGCUGACUGAAGAGACCGCACAGUACUGCAGCUAUGAACUAAAUUACAGGCUGUACGUUUAUUUUCUUCGGGAUUAGUAUAUUUUCUUUUAUUUUUUUCCCAGGUGAAGAUGGCGAAAAGAACGGUGGAAUUAAAUGGGACCAUGGUUUGUAUUGCUUGCUUUUUAGUGAUGUUCUCCACCGUACCGGUCGUCUCUGGACAGGCGCUUCCCUCAAACGGAGUGAAUGGAUUUAGUUUGCAUCCACCUUAUUUCAAUUUAGCAGAAGGAACUAAAAUCACUGCCACCGCAACCUGUGGGGAGGAUGGAAACGGAAAAGCUAUCCAGGAUCUUUACUGCAAACUCGUUGGAGGGCCAGUAUCGGGGGACCCGAGCCAGACUAUCCAGGGUCAGUACUGCGACACUUGCAGAGCUGGGGACAGCGAUAGAGCCCACCCCAUCGCCAACGCUAUCGACGGGACUGAGCGCUGGUGGCAGAGCCCGCCUCUCUCCCGGAGCCUGGAGUACAACGAGGUCAAUGUCACCCUGGACCUCGGACAGAUACAGGAGGUAUCAGAAAUAGGAGAUUCCGUAGGCUGUAAGGAAGAGGUUAACACUGGUUGUACGCCAAUGGAUCCUGUUUCUGUGGAGGAAUAG